ACAGUUUACUAACAAAUAACAAAUGUCAGUUUGCCAAAACCAAGUAAAUUUGUUAUAUUAUCUUUGAUCAAACAUUUACAUCGAAUGAGACAGAAAACGUCCAGAUAUUUCGAUUGCAGAACCUUUUUUCUUUUUGUAUAUUGAAGCGAUCUUCAGACAUAAACGAAACCGUAUGAUGUGAUAGAAAUGUGUUCAGAACAGUGCAUCGGCUGUCUUUCGAGAUGGAGAUUAUGGAUUCGGCCCCUCUUUAUUUUUGUGUACGCCUUCGCGGCUUUAGUGUUUGUCCCAUACUUCCUGGUAAAGUCUCUGGAGGACGGGUUCAACAAGCACGACCAAGAAAUUCUCAUUGGGGGAGUUUUCGUAUUGGUGGCCAUUCCUUUGUCUUUCUGGGAAAUGAUCCAACAUGGAAUAAAUUAUACGGAGCCGAGGUUACAAAAACACAUCAUCAGGAUAUUGUGGAUGGUUCCAAUUUACGCUGUAAAUGCGUGGCUGGGGCUUAUUUAUCCCCGGCAGUCCGUUUACGUAGACUGUUUAAGAGAAUGUUACGAAGCAUACGUCAUUUACAACUUCAUGAAGUUUCUCCUAAACUACCUCAACAUGGAGAUGGACCUCGAAGCUAACUUGGAGCUGAAGCCUCAAGUGAAACACAUGUUUCCGUUAUGUUGCCUGCCUCAAUGGGAAAUGGGAAGGGAAUUCGUUCAUAUAUGCAAGCACGGAAUUUUGCAGUACACGGUUGUGAGACCACUGACAACGGCGAUUUCUUUCAUAUGUAAAAGUUUCGACGUUUUUGGUGACGGACAAUUCAAAGCCAACGUAGCCUUUCCCUAUAUGAUAGCAAUCAACAAUCUAUCGCAGUUUAUUGCGAUGUACUGCCUAAUCAUGUUUUACAGAGCUACUCUAUCUGAACUGAAGCCUAUGAAGCCUUUGGGAAAGUUCCUCUGCAUCAAAGCUGUCGUAUUUUUCUCUUUUUUCCAAGGAGUCCUCAUCUCGCUGAUGGUUUACUUGGAAUGGAUCAAACCUAGCCCCGAUACCGGAGACGACCCGCUCAGUCUCUCUAUCAGACUCCAGAAUUUUCUAAUUUGCAUCGAAAUGUGCUUGGCUGCCAUUGCACAUCAUUACUCCUUCUCUCACAAGGAGUAUGUCUCUAGAGGAUCUCGCAGCCAGUCGUGCUGCUCGGCCUUCCUGGCCAUGUGGGACGUUUCGGACGUGCAAAGUGACAUCAGGGAGCACCUCGGGAUAGUAGGCAGCUCAAUAAGCAGGCGACUACGAGGUAGGAGCAUGUACACCAUUCCGAGAGGCAAUAACGAAUUCGACCCGCUCGUGGCCCCUGUGGCGGUGCACGGCGCACCUAGUUUACCAAACUAUUACCAAAGCAACUGUGAUGAACUUAUAGUCAAUUACGGUACUGUGAGUGCUAGUCAGCCCAUUAAAAUGAAUCGUAAUAGGUAUGAUACCUAGGGAAGCGGUAGUGUGCUUAGCUUUUCAUGCAUCAGGCUGGACUGAAAAUUCUAAAUUUCUCGCAGAAGACUGUUGAUAUAAUUAUUGGGUAUGUGCCCUAAGAGUCGAGGCCAGUAAGAAAAAUAAUAUUGGCUGGUUGUUUUUGUAGCUUAGGCCAUCAAAGAGGGGAUGUGAAGGACUGAUUUUCAUGACACAUUCGCUUAAACUAGGGAAGAGUAGAAGGGCUAUUCUAGUUAUUUUUUCAUUUUUCCGACUUUUAAUUUUGCAUAAUGUGUGAUCAGUAUGAAAACAUCAGAUUAGAUUGAGUUAUGUAAGAAAAAUAAUUUCGAGUUCAAGACGGAAUUUCCGAGAUAAAGGUCGGAAUUUUCUAGUUGAAUAAAAAAAACUGUGGUCCUUCUACGUUCCUGUAUGAACGUGAUUUGGAGAUUUUUUGGUCCACCCUAUAUAUUUUAUGUGAUUUUUUAUUGAAUUACAUUUUUUUUAAUGUUACCGAUGACUAUUUUAGUUUUAUUUGU